AUGCCAUACGAAUCCACCAUAACAUUUACCCUCGACACAAUAUGUCCUUGGACGUACCUCGGCUUCGUCCGCCUCAACAAAGCACUCGACGCCUUUCGUGCAGCCAGGCCAGACUCGCCCGCCACCUUUACUCUCAAACUAGCACCGUACCAGCUGUACCCUGAUUUCGCCCAAGAUGGCAUCGACAAGUACGAAUGGUACCGGGACAAAAAGUACAACGGCAGCGACGAGCGCAUGAACAUGUACAUGAAUGUCAUGGGAGACCUGGGCAAAGCCGACGGCAUUGAAUUCGACUUUGCAGGCGGUCCCGUCGCAAAUACACUACACGCCCAUCGCGUGCUGUACUGGCUACAGACUCACAGGGACCCGGGUGCUGCGCUCAAAGCAGUACAGAAUCUGUAUCAACAGUACUUUGAAGCAAGGGCCCAUCCGUCCAGCCCAGACACGCUGUGCAAGGCGUGUGUGGCGGCAGGGCUGAGUAAAGACGAGGCGGAGAAGUUGGUGGUGGAUGAGCACGAGGGGCUGGCAGAUGUCAAGGUGGCGAUUAAGGAGCAGGUCGGGAAUGCGGUGGAUAGUGUCCCGUAUGUGGUGUUUGAGGGGAGAAAGCGGGAUUUUACGCUUGUGGGGGCAAAGAGCGUGGAAGAGUAUGUGAAGAUUUUGGCGCAGGUGGACAAGGAGUGUGUGUGA